AUGAUUCUGAAUGUUCAACAAAAUGCUCCACCUCCGUCGGCUCCACCCUCACCAGCUCCAGCUCCGGUUGUCAUCCAACAGCAAAAAUCUAGCAACAAUGCAGUCUGCUACGUUAUUAUAGGCUGCAUCUUCUGCCCUUGCAUCUUCAUCAGUAUCUUCGUUCUUCUUGGAGUCGGCGCUGCUGCGACUACUGCUGCAACUAGCGGAUCGGAAAACUACCCAUCCCAUUACCAAGACAUGGCAAGAUGCACCAACAAAUUUUAUUCCACGUUCGACGGCCUCACUUUUGAGUUUACUUCCUUUAACACGGAGCAACAUUAUGAUUUUCUUGUAUUCCGCGAUAGCAAUGGACAAGAUUAUGAGUUUAGUGGACAACUAACAGGAACUCGAAUUUCUUUUGAUUCAGAUGUCACUGUUCAUUUUCACUCUGAUGAUAUGGUCCAAAUGAGUGGAUUUCGUGUGAUGGUUAUCGAUGGAUACGAAUCAUGGAACGAUAUUGACACGGUUUAUCCUUCUGUUAAAUUGACCGGCGAAGCUCCACCAAAGGAAGAAACAAACUAA